AUGUCUCUCAAGCGUCUUCUGAAUGAUGUAGACGACGAUGGUCAUAGCCAAUACCCUGACCCGUCGUUCAUGUCCCCUCACGGUUCCAUUUCAGGGUCCUCGUACCAGAGCGCCGACGACUACACGGGAAACUACCCUCGCCAGACCCAGUUCCAGGGCAUGGGGAUGGGCAUGGAUUACACACACGAAACCCCCGUCCUCGAGGAUUAUUCCUCUAUGAACGAUCUCUUCAACGGCAUUUUGUCCAACGGCCCUAACUCCGGCUACGACGCCACACAUUUCGAACCCACCGACCAGCUGGCAUGUUUAGACCUCAAUCUCGGCACUGAACAUGCCCCUUAUAACCUGGGUUCGGAGCUUGAAAUAUGGGCCGACCAGAACAUGACGAUGGUUUCGCCAGGUGGAUCGUACGUAUCCCAGCCGUCGCCAUCAGGUUCAGGAUCAUCAGCAGACUCUAUGCCUGCCACUCAUUCGCCUUCUAUGGACCCCGAGUCUCUCGUUACUGGCUCAGAUACAUGUUCAUCGGCUGGGGAUGAAGACCUUGACAAAGUCUGCUACGGGAUGCUCUACAAUGUGGAUGUCAAGUUGAUUGGUGAAAUGGCCGUCAUCGACUCGAAGCUUGUCGCUGCCCAUCAAGCAGCAAUGACCGCAGGAAAGACACAAUACCAACGCUUCGAACUCUCAGAUUCACAAGAUCAUGUCCUCCUCGCCUUCAAGGACAAAACCGACUUCGGCUACCUACGCUCCGGACCCGGCAAGACAAUCUCACCGUUGCUGACCCGAGCUGGCGUCGAGUUUGAACCCAUCGCGCCGACCGUCACCCUCCGAGAAACCAUUGGCCGCGCCAAGAAGCCCGUUGAAGCGAUGGUCAAGGUUGACAUUAAUGUCUACGGACCUAGGAGAACUGCGCAAUAUGUUGGCGACAAGUUAUCUGAAGGCAAGCUUUGGUUGCAAAAGCCGACGCAUCCUAGGAAGGACGUGGAUUAUGACAACCCGCACGUGCUCCAGCUUGAUGGGGUUGGAGAUAUGGCCAUCGAAGCUGUGAGGGAGGUCAAUGGCGGCGGGGCGGCGAAGAGGCAACCGAGAGAAGAGAAUUUGAGAAAGAUGAUGCUGGAGGUUUACCAAAGGUUGGAUACACAUAAGAACCUCGAAAAGGUGGGUGGCGGUGAGGGACUCAAGAACGAACUCCUGAUACACCAGCAAGAGGCACUCGGAUUCAUGUUGCAGAGGGAGUCUGGUGAGAUUCCGGACCCCUAUCGCCUUUGGAAGCCGGUCAAGGUUGACGGAAGUGAUUGGUAUCGCCACAAAAUCACCAACGUCAAACAGCGUACCAAACCGGAAGAGCGCGGCGGAGGCAUUUUGGCUGACGAGAUGGGUAUGGGCAAGUCCCUGUCCAUCCUUUCUCUCAUUGUCAAGACUCUUCAAAGUGGCCGAGAUUGGGCAGAGCAGGAGAACGGCAACGACGACAAACCCAAGGAUAUUACCUAUUCUGGCUCGACGUUAGUAGUCGUGUCAUCCGCCCUCCUCAUUUACAACUGGACCGACGAGAUAGACAAACACAUCCAAGGUAGCCUGAAAACAAUCAAGUACCAUGGUCCCGGCCGGGAGAAAGACAUUGACAAGAUCAAAAAUUCUCAAAUUGUCGUUACAACCUACAACACCCUCUCGGCAGAAUUCGACAAGAAGUCCUCUCUACUUCACAAGAUCGGCUGGUACCGCGUGGUACUCGAUGAAGCCCACAUCAUUCGCCGCCCCGCGACGACAUUCUACCACGCCUGCCGAGAUUUGCGCGCGAACUCCCGCUGGUGCCUGACUGGGACGCCCAUCCAGAACAAGCUCUCGGAUAUUGGCGCCCUAUUCGCAUUCAUCCGCGCCAAGCCGUUUGACGAGCCCGCCAAGUUCCGGCGGUACAUCGAGUUGCCGUUCGAGCAAAAUGAAGAGGAACCGCAGAAGGUCAAAGAGCGGCUGAUCACACUGCUUGACUCCCUCUGCCUGCGUCGGACUAAAGAUCUCCUGAAGCUCCCUGGUCUCGAGGAAGUCACCAAGGAGCUGGAUUUCAGCCCGAAAGAGCGUGAUCAGUACGACAAGACGAAGGAGAUUCUGAUGCGGACGAUCAAGCAAAAGGUCGGGGAGGUGGAGAAGAGCUCCAAGUUUGGGCUGUUCCAGGCGAACCUCCAGCUACGGAUCCUAUGCAACCACGGGACGUACCAGAAGCCCUUUUCCUGGCACCGUCGGGCGUACCGUCUUGACGAACGAGAGGCCGUCGUCAGUGCACUUGGCCAGAAUGCGGAGAUCACCUGCGAUGGGUGCCACCAGCCGAUGCCCAUUCUGGGAUCCAGCCGGCUGCGGAACGAGUUCGAGGAGCGGUGCGCGCACGUCUUUUGCUCCGAGUGUCUCGAGCAGUCGGAUUAUUCUGCCGGUACGGCGGGCACACAAGCGAGGAACUGCCCUGUGUGUGAGAACUGGAUGAGGUCUGCCGGAGCGCAACGCGCGUUACCUUCUGGUGUCCCUGUCGUGAGGGUCGACGGGCCCGGAGGCUCAGGAGAUGUGGAGAUGGCUGAUGCGCCGGCUCAAGCCCUCUCCAAGAGGGACGACGACGUUUACUUCAAUGCCGCCGGGGAAUCUACGAAGAUGAAGGCAUUGAUUGAGGAUGUCAAAGCCGACCUGAAUGAGACGAAGAGUAUCAUCUUCUCGUGCUGGACGAGAACUUUGCACCUGGUAGCGCAACACCUAGAAAGAGCAAAUAUCCCCUUUCUCCGUAUCGAUGGCGAUUGCUCCCUUAGCCAACGUCAAGAUAUGCUCAGAGAUUUCGCGAAGAAAGAUGAGAAGAGGGUUCUCAUCAUGACGACUGGCACCGGUGCUUUUGGCCUGAAUCUCACUUGCGCGAAUCGCGUCUUCAUAGUCGAGCUGCAGUGGAACCCGAGCGUUGAGAAUCAGGCGAUUGCCCGCGCCAUUCGCCUCGGCCAGGGCCAGAAGGUGCUUGUUACCAGAUAUGUCAUCAAGGAAACCGUCGAGGUGGAAAUGAGUUCUCAACAGAGCGUGAAGAAGACCCUUGCCGCCAUUGGUUUCGACGAGGAUUAUGACACUCGCGAACAAAUGGACGAGUCGCACGACUAG